AUGAGCAAAUCUACGAGACCUAGCAGCUUUCCAGGUUUCAGUCCCUUAUCAGAUAGAGUAUUCGUUCGUCCCGGUGAAACGCCGACAGGCACUGAUCCAAACCCUGAACACCCCCGCACUGUCGUCAUCUACGGCUGGGGCGACGCACCUCCAAGACACAUCUCAAAGUUCACCGAUGUCUAUCGACAGUUAUACCCCCAUGCCAAGCAAGUCGCCGUCCUGUCGCCUAUCUACAAAGGCUUCAUCGAUCAUGUGGCUAAACGCACAAAGGACAUGCUUCCGGUUAUAAACGAGGUCUUCCCCAACGAUGCAUCGGAUGGCCUAGUCUUGUUCCACGCCAUGUCCAAUUCUGGAACUCUCAACUACUCGGCCACCUUGAAUGCCUACAAGGAGAGGUACAACCAGCCGAUGCCCCAUACACUGACGGUCUAUGACUCUACGCCGGGAUCGCCAUAUCUCACGUGGGAUAAUCUCAAGCGAUUUUCUUACGCCAUGGCCAUCAGUUUAGCAGCCAAGCUUCACUUACCAUUCAUUGUGACACAAGUGCUUUGCGCCUGGUUCUUUGUUCUGAUCCAUGUAUUCGACUACCUUGCGGGAAGAGAGUCUGCACCCAAGUUCAGCCACAGGAUCUUCACCAAUGAGGAGUGGGAAAGCAAAAAGAGCACACGACUAUUCUUGUACGGAAAGGGAGACAUACUCAUUCCGUGGCAGCAUAUUGAAGGAUAUAUGGCUGUUUCGCGGGAAGCCGGAUACCCUAGCGAGGGGCAGGUCUUUGAAAGUGGACAUGUUGGGCACAUGAAGAAGGAUCCAGAGAAAUAUUGGGAAGCCAUUCAAGAUUCUUGGGGGAGGGCUAUAGGUAGACUAUAG